AUGCCAUCGUCGAAAGUGACCGACAGUCCCAGCUCCGCAGCUAUGCUUCAUCGGUCAGUGCACCAUCGGCCUCACGAAGUCGUGACAGCGAAGGGAAUCUACUUAACGCUCGCCUCCGGACAAGUAGUCAUCGAUGCGUGCGGCGGAGCAGCAGUAUGCUGCAUAGGCCAUGGCAACGAAGAAGUCCUCGAGGCAGUCACGCGGCAGAUGAAGACCGGUGCCAGUUACAUCCACUCAAUGAGCUACACAACCCCUGCCGCCGAGCAACUCGCUGAGCUUCUCAUCCACGGCCCUCAAGGAGGCGCUCGGUUCGGCCUCGAGAAAGCGCUUUUCGUCAACAGCGGCAGCGAGGCGGCAGACGCUGCCAUGAAACUAGCAAGACAAUACUUCUUCGAGCAGGGACAAACGCAACGCACGAAAUUCGUGGCCCGAAAGCAAGGCUUUCAUGGUAGCACGAUUGGUGCCAUGAAUAUCUCCAGCAAUCUUCCUCGCAAAGUGCCGUUCACUUGUUUUCAAAAAGACAAUGUGUCCUGGGUAACGCCUGCAUAUGCCUACCAGUACUCCAAGCAAGGAGAGACUGAUGAAGACUUCACAGCACGACUGCUCGCCGAACUCGAUGCACAUUUCCAAGAGCUGGGUCCUGAUACCGUCGUCGCAUUCAUGGCGGAAACCAUAGUUGGCGCCACGAGCGGCUGCACGACCGCACCUGCAGGGUACUUUAAGGGCGUAAGACAGAUAUGCGACAAAUACGGCAUCCUUUUGAUUCUCGACGAAGUUAUGUGUGGUAUGGGACGGACCGGAACUCCUUUCGCUUUCGAACAAGAAGGGGAGGGCGUAGUCCCUGAUAUCUUGACAGUCGCGAAAGGCUUGGGUGGCGGCUAUAGCCCCAUUGCAGGCCUGCUUGUUCAUAAGCGUGUCGUCGAUGUCCUACGGAAGCAUACAGGCAGCUUCAAUCACGGACAUACCUAUCAAGCGCAUCCCGUCGGGUGUGCAGCCACACUUCGGGUCCAGCAGAUCAUCCAGCGUGACGGGCUGAUUAAAGUCUGCGCCCAAAGAGGUAAAUUACUUGAGAGUCUCCUGAAGAAAACCUUUUCAGACGUAAAGUUGGUGGGCGACAUACGUGGACGCGGGCUAUUCUGGGGCAUCGAGUUCGUUCAGGACAAAACUACCCGCGAACCGUUCCCUGCCCAGAUGGCCAUCGGUGUACGUUAUCAAUCGAUGGUCUUUGACCUCGGUGUCGCCGUAUAUCCGGGCAUGGCUACCGUUGAUGGCACCAAGGGCGACCACGUUCUGCUUGCGCCUCCAUAUAACGUGACUGAGGAUGAACUGCGAGUUAUAGUCCAGGUCAUGAAAAGGGCGUACGACAAACUGGAGAAGGAACUAGAUAUGGUGACACCGAUGGUCCAAACAGCAUAG